GUUUAACGAAGCAUACUACAACCACUCGCCUCGAUUGCCUCGCGAUAUUCUUUCACCAAUACAAGAGAUUUUGAAGGCGUUCAUUGCUGUAGGUACACCCUCAUAUGUGAUUCCACUCUAAUUCUACAUCGAGAAAAUACGAAACCAUACAGCAGAAAGUAGAAUUCUAAUGCAUGUUAGAAAACGUUUACCGCGCGAGUCUUCCUACUAGAGUAUUAAAAUAACAACACAGUCGUGACUGACAAUUCUUUAAAAGUACCUUCAUAACCAACGACUUGAUCUUUUCACUGCCCAGAGAACAGAUCAAGUUUUGCUAACGGACCUUGACAGCGCUAAGGCCACUUAUGAUAGCGAAAAUCGAAUAACAUCCAAAUGACUGUGUCGCAAUCAGUCAGUGCACGUGCACAAGCAGUUCUGGACGGCAAGGCUAAACCCCCUGGAAGCUUAGGAUUAUUGGAAUUAUGGGCCAAAAAGUUAGCGGUGCUACAAAAAACUAGUCAAGGGUCUAUCGUACAGUUCGAUGAGACUCCAUUUAAAAUCGACCUUGCAUCAGCCGUGCUAUUGGUCUUUGCAGCAGACCACGGGGUGGUGUCAGGAAAACCCUUAGGUGAGAGUGUGAGUGCUUUCCCACAGUCAGUUUCCAUCAGUAUAUUUGAAGCCUUAGGCCUGCGUGGAAAUGCAGCCGGUGCUGUGCUGGCUCAAGCGAAUGGGCUAGACGCGAUGUACGUGGUGGACGUAGGCUUGAAACUUGAUCAUUCACAAAGCACACAGUGCAGUGACGCCGAAAUGUCUGUGAAGGGAAUGUCUGUUGUAUGCCAACGGAGUGCACGUGUGUGUAACGGCACUCGCGACUUUGUUGUUGAACCGGCGAUGACCUCGUCGGAACGUGAGAAGGCGAUGCGUGUGGGGCGCAAGAGCGUGGCUCAAGCCGUGGAACGCUUUAAUGCGAGGAUCAUCUGUUGCGGGGAAGUGGGGAUUGGGAAUACCACAUCGUCCAGCGCAAUUGUCGCUGCUAUCACCAGGGCAUUGCCUAGUGCAGUGUGUGGGAAGGGCACAGGGCUCGGUAGUGAAGGUGUGAAAAGGAAAGUGGCCACGGUAGAACGAAGUCUUGCUUUACACAACUUAGAUGACGAAGAAACAACCAUAGAUGCGGCGUAUGCUCACAAGGUUUUAGAAUGUGUUGGAGGACUGGAGAUUGCUGCGCUAGUAGGCACAAUGCUAGAGUGCUAUGAUCGUAAUGUUGGUAUAAUGGUGGAUGGCUUGAUCACGUGUGCAGCUGCCUUGGUGGCGUAUACUAUCCAGCCAGAUAUUAUGAAUUGCAUGUUCUUCUCCCAUACAAGUGACGAGGCUGGCGGUGUGGCUGCUAUAUUCACACACAUGGGCGCAGAGAAUAUUCCAUUAAAUAUGAUUCUGCGCCUAGGUGAGGGCACUGGGGCUGUAUGCGCUGUUCCGAUUCUGAGGGCUGCGGUGGCAAUGUUUAAUGAUAUGGUUUCCCUGAAUGACGCAUUACAGCCAGUUAAGCCAGAGGAACAAUUGUUACAUGAAGUAGAAGUAGAAGUAGAAUCAGAAGAGCAAAUAUCACAAUCCAUUGGAAAUUCAGUCGAGUUAGAGCUAGAGGAUCUAUCGCAGACGAUUGAAGAUCCAACGCGUAUAAUCAGUAAGGAUGAAGUUUCUGCUAGGGGCACAGGUGCCAAAGAUGGGGAAGAGUUCACCCUCGGAUUCUGGUCUGAGAUCCGGGUGAUGUUCACGGCACUCAUGUUCCUGACGCGUCUACCUUGUCCAGCUUCCACCGAUCACCAUCCUGAAUUCUUGUUAAGAAGCAUGCCGUACUACCCGUUGGUGGGAGCCUUCGUUGGGUUCUUUGGUGCUAACAUAUACUUAUUUAUCAAUCAGCUGUCGGGGUCUACGAUCGUAGGGGCGGUGUUGGCCGUGACUGGUACGGUGUGGCUCACGGGCUGUUUCCAUGAGGACGGCCUCGCUGAUACACUAGAUGGGUUUGGGGGUGGCUGGGGCAAAAUUCAGAUAUUACGCAUUAUGCAAGAUUCCCGGGUUGGCACGUACGGACUUGUGGGCACUAGCUUAUGGCUCAGCGUGCGUCUAACACUGUACAGUAGCUUACCAAGCACUAUCGACCUGUGGGCAUCAAUGAUUGCCGCUCAUUGUGUCGCUCGUUUGACGGCUCUGCCUAUGGUGUACUUGUUCCCCUACCUAGUAGACUCGGGCGAUCCAAAGGGAGCUCUAUACAACCGCUUCGCCGAGGUUACGACACUCCUCACUCGCGAGAGAGUCGCGGUGGGCUAUCUGAUAUCAUUCUCGAUCGUCUGUUUGCUUAAGGGUAUGAGUGCAGCGAUACAGUCCGUGCUGAUAGUUACGAUCUUGGGACUGUGUGCGGGCUAUUACGGGGUUUCAGUUAUCGGGGGCGUGAUUGGUGACUUCCUCGGCGCGACUAUCUGUAUAGCUGAGACCGUGCUGUUAAUGUGGUACGUGAUACUUUCCCGCGGGCAAGACAAUGGACUGUUCAAAAUGGGUCUAUGGGAUGUAAUGCCUAUUGCAGGAACCAUCGUUGGCCUGAGUGUAUACAUUAAUGCUGUGAACACGGCUAACAAGAAGCUUUCAUAGCUCCAUAAACUUUUGGGGUUUGAAGCUGAUUUAAGAGUAUUCAUACUCGCACUUCCUCCAUGACGGAAGCCUUUUCUCGGUAAGUGCCAGAUUCACACGGAAGUCAAUCGACGACCACACCUCGAUAUAUUGCGUUGAUAGUAUCGAUGAAAGUUGAAUUCUGAACGCACAACUGUGAUGAUCAUAGAUGUGGUCGUAAAUUCUAGAGAGCUCUCGAAUUGAUAAUUCGGCAGAUUUCGAAGAGAUGAAUCAGAGUUUGAAUUCUCCGAUUGCUAAAAACAUAUUGCUUUUCAUUGCUUUAAUGCUCUCAGACCGAACGAGAGAUGCGCGUGUGCAACACAUAUUGAAUUGAGAUGUGUUUUUUAACCCAUGCGAUCCAUUUCUCAGACAGAAUGCACCUGAGCAUGUAUGCUGCUCCGACAUUUUUCUAGUAUUUCGAAUCAUAAAACGAGAAACACUUUAC